AUGCGACCAAUAGCAAGUAGCAACGAACAACAACCAUGCAACGCUGGUCGAGCGAGAUAUGGCGCGGCGCACGCAUCAUCGGAGGAGAAGGGACGGCAUGAUGGCGUCAGAGAAGUCGGAGAAGAGGAGCCGGAAAGAUUGGCGGAGAAGACAUGGCGUUUCACAGAUGAUGAGAUCUUCUCAAGGGGUCGACACUCUAGAGUUGUUAAAUGGAUAAGCCUUCAUUCAACAUGCUAUGAAGCCACGAAGAACAAGGAGAUGUGGAUUGAAAGGUCGCACAAAAGCUGCAGAAGACUUCUGAUUUACCGGCGGAUCGUCUCUCUGGAUAUUACACCAAAGGAGAUCAACAGCUUGCUGGAUAUGACACACAAACAAGAAAUGGAUAGAGAUGGAUUGAGAGAAGCCACAAAGAUCUGUAAAAGGAUCUCUGAUAAGUCUUAA